CAAAAGUAUUUUCUGGAUUUUAAUGUUUUGAUUGUGAUUUAAAUUUUUAAAAAACUUUCUUAUGUUUGUUGUUUCGUCUUGUCUCAAUAUAAAAGUUAGUGAUAAUAGUUAUUAAUCAACAGGCAGAAUACUCGUUCACAUUGGGAUAUACAGAAACAUUACAACAAUUUUCCAUGCUGUCUUGUCUCAAGGGUUUCUAUCCUUUCUAAUUGGGAAAAAAUUACCUCCGUUGAUCAUAUUGUAGCUCCAAGUGUGAUGUCUUCUCGCAGAAGGCCGAUUUCACGGGAAGAGCAGAUAAUAAGAAAGAGGGAGAAAGAGUACCAGCACCAGAAGCUAUGGGGUGACCAGCAGAAAUACUACGACCACUGGGACAAGACCAACGCCAAAUACGAAGAAUGGACGUCCCCCAGAUAUUACGACACCAACAACCAGCUGGUAAAGCAGGUGCAGAUGGAGAAGGUGCUCCAAGAGAGAAAAGAGCUGAGGAGGAAGAAGCUCAGGAAGCUUUUCGAGGAAGAGAGACAGGCUUGGGAAGUGGAACUGAUGGAGAAGAAGCAUAGGGAAGCCUCUAGCCCUAGGAAUGUACGUCAGAGAUACGAUGAUAUACCUACGGAAAUUCUAAAACAGGUUCACGAAGGUAUCAAAGAGAGAGAGGAAGAGAAGCGUAGGAAAGAGGCAGAGCUGAGGUUGUACCACCAAUGGAGGAACAACAGCUCCUUCAUACAAGAAUACGAAAGGGCUCAACGAUCGAAGGAUAUAAAGAUGAGCUGGCUGCAUCAGCAGAUGGUCAAAAGGGAACGUAAAGAAAAGGAACAGGCUGAAGAGAAACGUUUGCUGUUGGAACGCGAGGAGAGGUUGAAAAACGAAAAAUUGAGAGACGAAGAAAGGAAGAUAGAAACGGAGAGGAGGAACAGAGAACUGAAGGAAAUAAUAGAUAAACAAGUGGAGGAGAUGCAGGUCAGACAGACCAUAACAGCGAGGUUGAGGGAUAAAGAAGCUGAGGAGAGACGGAGAAGAAACGACUUAUUGGAACUGGAGGAUAAGCAGAAACGUAUCGAGGAAACCGCGAGACAAAGAGAAAUAGCCUUGUUCAACAUAAAACAGUACAAGAUCAAACUGAGGCAGAAACUGAAGAAUAUCCAAGACAACCUAGUGGAACAAGAGGAGGUGAUGAAACGUCUCAAAGACUUGGACGUAGCUGAAGGCAUCGAAGAUGAAAAGUUGAAGGCGGAGGUCAAACAGGGCAUCGAGGAGUUCCUGAAGAUCUCGGAGGAGCAGAAGAGGUUGGAGAAGUUGAGGGAGAGGCAUCUUCAGUUCAUGUUCGAUUCGGAAGCCCAGGCCGUGUACGAGAGACAGUCGGAGGUGUGGGACAGGGAGGAAAGGUCCAGGAAGGAGUUGAUAAGGGACGUUCUUGCCACGGUCGCUGAACAGAUCGAGGAGAAUUGCAGGAGGAGGAGGGAGGAGCAGGAGGGGUUGAUUAAGGAGAGGGAAGUGUUGAUCAAGUCGACGGAAGAUUACAACGCGGAACUGUUGAAGUUGCAGGAGGAGGAAAGGAGGGAGCAGUUGAGGAGGAAGGAGGAAUUGGACAGGGAGGUUAGGAAGAAGAGGGAGAGUAGGAAGGCCUUGGAGGAUGAUGAUAAGUUGAAGAAGGUGACGGAGGAGUUGGAGAGGGCUAAGAUUGAGGAGGAGAGGUUGAAGAGGGAGAUUAUGAAUCUGCAUAGGGGUCAAGGGUUGUGCAGACCUUCCAGGAGGAGUAACAUUAUAUUCUAAACGAAGUGCUUGUGAUUUUUAAGUUUUAUGGUUAACAGAGGAUUAAUAUAUACUUAUAGAUUGAUAGUUUACUGGUUUAGAGUGACGAAAAGAUAUUUUUGGAUGUUUUAUUAUCGAUGGAGUACGAAUAGUAUGUGAUGGAAGGGUUAUCUUUGUCUUCGAAUCGUUUCAUUAUGCUUCUCUAUUAAUUUUAAUAGUGAUUCGAAGUUCUGAAACAUGAAGAAUGGUAUUCAUUCAAGAAUAAGAUCGAAAUUGACUGGCUACAUGAAAAAAUGGAUAAGCUGAAGAAAUUAAAAGAGUCUAGAAAGAAACGUUUACUCUUAGAAAGGUAGUUAAAGUUCAAACACAGAAAAAAGGAACAAAUACACAUGAGAAACUUAAUAAAUUAUAGUACAGAUAAGACAUAGAGAAAAUGGAGCUAAUAUAGAUCAUUAAAUUGAUAGAUAAAGGAGAAGAAGAAGAAAUAGAUCAAAUCGAAGGCUCAAAAGUA